AGUUGUAUGACUUUAGUGCCACCAUAUUCAUACUAGCCAUAGCCAUAGCAUAAUAAUAGGUCUACCUUCUGACUGAACUGUUACUCCUGUUCGGGCAAGUACGCGUGUGAUCGCAGCGUGAGCGCUAGCGAUGCGUGAAUGCAAACAUUAAUAUGAAACCACUCUGAAAACAUCAAUUACAAAGGCCGCUUCUGCUUUCCGGAAUUCCUUCCUUGGAUGUAGUAAUGUAGGGCUAGGAUGGGACACAGGCAUUGCGCAGUUUGAAGGGAAAUGACCGGUAAGUUCGGCGGUAACCUGGCGUUCGUUUAGCUAAGCUUCUCAGCUGAGCGUCACCCGUCCACGAUCCAACAUGGACGUCUACAACUGGGGAACGGAGCUGGUCACCCAUCCUCGCAAGAUCAAAGAAGUGUUCCACGUCCAGGAUAUUAUUGACGUAGUGACGGACCCCGACCAGUUUCCGUCCCCGGUAAGGGCACUGGGCUCUCGUCAUUCGCCGACGAAAUGCAUCGAUGCUGAUGGCGGUACAGUGCUGGAUAUGCGCCACCUCAACUUCAUCAACGAACCGAACGAAGCCGAACUGACAAUAACGGUCGGCAGCGGUGCGAUCUACUACGACAUUGCCCAUUUCCUGCAAGAUCGCGGCUUUAUGCUUCACGUGAACACUGAGAUCGGAAACCUGACGGCUGGCGCAGCCGUUAUGGCACAAACAAAGGACGCCUCAUUCCCCGGCGAGUACGGACAAGUCAGCUCGUAUGUUGUGGGAGUGAAGAUGGUGACGGCACAAGGUGAAAUACUGGAAAUAGAUGAUGAACACGAUCCAGAGCUGAUGACAUUCAUCCGCUGCAGCUACGGACUGCUCGGCAUCGUGUACGAGGUUACCUUCCAGAUCAAGCCAUUGCGCCUUAUGCGGCUUUAUCAUAAGGUCUACACCCUAGAUGAAUUCCUGGAUGACUUGGACGACAUCCGCGCAUCUGAUGCAUCCGUCAUGUACUACAUGUUGCCGUUUCACGGUUACGUCGCUGUUGAGUAUCGCUCGUACGCCGUCAUUGAAUGCAGCGAAGACCGCGUAGAGAAGCAGCCGGACGUUGUGAACAACAAGCACCUCUUACGUCACGGCAGUGACUGGCAGUUUGCCAUUCGCAAUGUCUAUUGGGCAAAGAUUGGCCCCGUUCUGGGCAGCAUAUCAAUGUCCAUACCGCGACCUCUUCUCGGAAUCUACUCCAGUGUGACUAACCUGGUAUUGUUGAAGACGUUGGGAGUACUGGCUGGCUACCGCAUCCUGCCCGCAGAGCAGAUUAUUCUCUACGAGGAGAAGCCACUGAGAGCAUCCCAGUACACUUUCUCCAUCAACACCUUCUCUGUCGGCACCUUCAAAGAGGCCAUGCGCGACUACUUUGCAUUUGUGCGCGACUACUAUGAGAGAACCGGCUGGAGAACGUCGCUGCUGCAUGUCGGCUAUCGGGUCUGCCAGGACACCAGGUCGUACCUCUCCUACACCGCCGACGGAGAGUCAAUGUCGCUCGACCCCGUGACCAAUGCAGACGGUGGAUGGUACCCGUUUCUGAAAGACUACAAUAAGUUUUGCAUGGCACAUAAUGGCAAACCGCUCAUGAAUCAAGCGCCUCUUCUCACCCACCAGCAAGUUGACAUGAGCUUUGGACCGAUGAUCAAGGAGUUCAAUGUCCACCGCAAGAAAAUGGAUCCUGACAAUCGCUUCCUGAACAACUACUUCCGGGAGCUGUUUGCUCUUUAAGCCGUGCUGCGAUGGUGCCGGGAUGUUGCCUGUCUAGGAGAUGGUGUAUGGUGCUUGAAGUAGCCUUCAGUGGCUACAUGGUCACUGCCCCCCCCCCCCCCCCCCCCCUGUUGCCAAGCUGUCUGCCAUCCGUUCAGUACCGGCCAGUAUGUCAGCGCAACUCUGGUCUGUUAUUUGCAUGCCCGCUGCUGCUAGCCAGCUUGCUCAAUAUGCUCUCGUUAUCGCGGCGGCGUGCAGAGUGUAGUCGGUAGUUAGUUUUGUGAAUGGUUUACUUGAAGACAUUGUAACUGCUGACUGAAGACUUGUGCGUCCUGAAGGACAGUAGUGAAGUUAGCUGUUGAAGUAAUUGAAUUUAUAUUUGUUGUCUAGUUUGUGUUGUCUUGUUGGUAGUUCGCACACGGUAUCACGUUCUGACAGAUGUUUAUCAGACCUUUGUAUCAUCUGCCAACAGUUGUUUCUCCUAUCCCAUCCUCCCUAUGUGUUCACUCAUUUAGAGUACUACCUACUGCAUUCUGUCCCUGCCUUGUUACCAUGGUUACGCCACCCCUGCACUGAUCAGGACCGCCGGAAGCACUGAGUUUUCGAUUGGUACCGUCCGGUAGUAUUGUGGCCUUUCAUACGAGCGUACUUUGUGUAUUGAUACGGUGGAUAUAUACAUGUAUGCCCUCCACAGAAGUAAACACAUGUUGGUGGCCAACAUGUUGGUCUGGUGAUAACAAGUUGACCAACCGGACCGGUUCCGGCGGGCCUGCCUCGGAUUGUAACGUGAAAGCCGUUAUGAACACGUUUGUCCGCAUCUGCUACUGCCUAUUCACAUCCCUCACAAUGUGUACUAUCGCACACAAUGUUCACUCACUAAAAUACAGAAAUGCACGGUAGCAGCACGGUGUCCACUUUCAUCACUGUUCAAAUUUGUUGUCUCAAAAACCACUUUUAGGUUAGGUUUAAUAGGUAUUAGUUGCCCUGCCUCUAAUAAUAAUUAUUAUAAUUAUAUUCCAGAAAGCACAGA